GACGGUGGUUAAGGAGAGGGAGGGGCAGUUGGGAGCUGAACGGGGUGUGAGUGUGUGUAGCAGCGUAUCUCCAUGGGAGUCGCUGUCAGGGCAGGAACUGGCCGGAGUGCCCGAGCUGGGCCUACGCAGGCUAACUUUGACUUGGACAACAUAUUUGCUUAGAAGAUUCCUGAGUUUCCUGUUUUUAAGAAUAAAUGGCACACCACACAGAUUUCAAGGUGAAUUCCUUAAUGGAAACCCCUGAGCUGCCGGCAGUGUUUGAUGGGGUGAAGUUGGCUGCUGUUGCUGCUGUUCUCUACAUUAUUGUCCGCUGCUUGAAUCUGAAGAGCCCAACUGCCUCUCCUGAGCUCAUAUACCAAGACACUCCUUUGUCCCGCUUCCUGCUCAAGUCAUGCCCUCUUCUGACCAAAGAGUACAUUCCACCUCUGAUCUGGGGGAAGAGUGGGCACAUCCAGACUGCACUUUACGGAAAGAUGGGAAGAGUGAGAUCGCCACAUCCUUAUGGACUUCGCAAGUACCUCACAAUGUCAGAUGGUGCAACAGCAACUUUUGACCUCUUUGAACCACUGGCUGAAAACUGUGUUAGAGAAGAUAUCACAAUGGUAAUUUGCCCAGGAAUAGCCAAUCACAGUGAGAAGCAGUACAUCCGCACUUUCGUUGACUAUGCCCAGAAGAAUGGCUAUCGAUGUGCUGUGUUAAACCACCUUGGAGCCCUGCCGAACAUUGAGCUGACUUCACCACGCAUGUUCACUUACGGUUGCACCUGGGAAUUUGGAGCCAUGGUGAGCCACAUCAAGAAAACCUAUCCCCAGUCCCAGCUGGUUGUUGUGGGCUUCAGCCUGGGUGGAAACAUAGUGUGCAAAUAUCUGGGGGAGAACCAGUCUAAUCAAGAGUGUGUAUUGUGCUGUGUCAGUGUGUGUCAAGGGUACAGUGCACUGAGGGCACAGGAGACUUUCAUGCAGUGGGAUCAGUGUCGGAGAUUUUACAAUUUCCUCAUGGCAGACAACAUGAAAAAAAUCAUCUUGUCUCACAGACACACCUUGUUUGCUGAGAGCCCUAAAAAACCCCAGUGUUUAGCAGAAACAGACCUGAGCAGACUUCACACAGCAACAUCCCUCAUGCAGAUUGAUGACAAUAUCAUGAGGAAAUUCCAUGGCUACAGCACCUUAAAGGAAUACUAUGAACAGGAGAGCUGCCUGCAUUACUUGCACAGAAUCUUUGUUCCCCUCUUGCUGGUUAAUGCUGCUGAUGACCCUCUGGUGCACGAUAGUCUCUUAUCAAUCCCAAGAGCCCUCUCUGAAAAGCGGGAGAAUGUCAUGUUUGUUUUGCCAUUGCAUGGAGGUCACCUGGGCUUUUUUGAGGGUGCAGUACUCUUUCCUGAGCCCCUCACCUGGAUGGAUAAGCUUGUGGUCCAAUACACCAACGCCAUCUGUCAGUGGGAGAAGAAUAAAUCCCAGUGCUCCGAUACAGAACAAUCAUCUGGCCAAGAAUAAAUGGUCCAAAAGACUUCUCACUUUGUUUCACCUUUAAUCCUCAUCUUCUGGAACUCUUAAUUUCUUAUCCUGCUUUUCCAGGCCUACCUUCUGAACAUCUUGAACUUGGGCAUUAACUGCAGUGUUUUAUGCCAAAGUAGAGUUACAACCAGAGGGGCUAAUGACCUGUUCUGAGCAAGUAGGGAGGAUGUCUGAUAGUUUGCAGUGCACUUAUGCAUUGAAUGAACUGAUGCACUGUAUUGGCCUUAAGGAUCUGAAACAAGUGCAAGAAAAGAAUAUUUUUGAAAUUAGCAGGAAGUUCCAAUGCUCUUGACCAUCUGUUCAUGCUUUCCCUGAUGAAAAUGAAAACAAAAAAACCCUCUUCUGGUUUUUGCAAAACUUGUCUAGCAGCCAGUGAUGUGAGUUAGGAGUUAGUCCCUUUGUGGUUCUAUAUCAGUCUAUAGAAAAAAAUCAGCAGUUCACCCCACAAGUCAUCAAAAUGGCUGUUCACAAAGCAAGGGGAAAGAUGUGGAGUUUCGAGUGUUCAGAAUUGCAUCCCUUUGAAAAGGUGGGGGGUCUUGCCCUUUCUGAUUAAUGCACUUCUAGGAUUUAGAUUGCUUUGAAAGUAUUUGAUGUAUAAUCAGCACUUCAGUUGCUCCAGAAUUUUGGAGUGAUGGCUGAGUGUAUUCAGUCAUGUUUUGCUUUUUGUUGAGACUUUGCUCAAAGACAGCUUCUGGAUUUACCAGUCCAGUGGAUUCUCUGUUGUGUUGCUACUUGAGACUAAACAAAGUAGCCUUCUCAUACUUGCCUUUUUAAUGUAAGGAAUUUUUAUUUUGACACAGGACUUUUUGUGUGCUCUCAACCUAGGCCUUUUAAUACAGUAUCUGAAUGGAAGCCACUUGAUAAUCAGCUUAUGGGUGGUCCAUUUAUGUUUUUUCUUUAGAGUACUUCAUAGCAAAUCUGUAUGUAUGCUCUUAGGAACUUGGUGUGUGAGAAAUAUAUCCAUCCAUGCUGCUUUUUUUUCCCCGCCUUGCCCAUCUCUCAUGCAUACUACAUAAAAAAUGAAUCCCCGACUUUUAAAGCAUUGAACUGGCUGUUUUCAGCCAGUAUGCCUUGCCUCAGAGGAGUUGGGGAUUGGGUGUCUACAACACUGAAAUGCUAAAAAAAAAAAUUCUGUAUCAAAUGCCUCUAUAGUUACUGAGUUACAUAGGACAAUUUAGGGUCCUGUGUUCUGCAUUGUCUUUCAGCGCAUGGACAGUAAAAGAAAAUGAGUGAAUAUUGCAUUAGGUUGAGCUACAGCGAAGAAGUCUCUUUACUUCCACACAAUAGAGAUGUAUUUCUUCACUGAGCCAGAGAGUUUUCACAGUGGAAGAAAAAUCUUAAGCCAUCAAUCAACUAAGUUUUUUAAAAAAUCUGAUUUUAGAUUUCUUUACUAACACAGUGGAACAUCAUGGUCAGAUUGCUUUACUUUCACUUCCUUUCAGAAUUGUUGCCCCCUAUUGCCCCCUUGUGGCUGUCUUCACCUCUGUUUUUUACAGCCAUUCUUGUUCAUCACAAUUCCCAUAAUAGUUAGCACUUUAUUGUUUCAGCUUUCUUGGUUUUUUUUUUUUAUUUCUAGGCACUUUAAUUACAGUAUGAUUUUGCUUUUUCACAUGGGUAGGAAUCCUUUCUGAAUUUGGAUGCUGUGUAGAACAUCUGCUGGAGCAGCUUUGAAAUUCAGAAAGGUAUAUGCUCGAGUUUGUGGGGGUUUAAUAUUUUUUAUUGAGCAAUAAUUAACUACUGUAGCAAAGGUGCAUUUCUCAUGUCAGGAAUAAAAAAAAACUCCUUCAGCCUUAGUUCAGCAGCCUUGGCCUGUUUGGCAAGCUGUGUAACCAAAUAUAGUUUGUCUAGUGAGAGAAGUCGGGUUCUGCUCCUUCGUCGGAUGUGAGGAAAUGGCCAAACCUAACAAUGCACAAUUUGGCCACAGUGCUUAUGUUACGGCUUUCUUUCGUUGUUCCCCAAUAGCGGGCUUUACAUUUUCUCAGCCUGUUUGUAUGUUACCUUUUGACGUUUCCUGCUACAUCCAUAAACUGCCAAAAUCUGACAUAAGGACCCUAAAACAUUGUGGACGGCCGAAAUUAAGUAGUGCAGGUUACUAACUAGAAUCUCAUUUCUGUUUGAGUGGAAAUAGAUGUUGAAAUCAUUUUUGGUUGCUACACAACAUAAUGAACGUGACUUAUUUCACCCCACUGGACUUAAAAAUUUAGAAAGUGAGCUGUAAGAGAGACUGCUAUUGGUUCACAUCAAUCUCCAAAGUAUUAGGCUUCCUCCUUAGCUGCCAAACACAGCUUGCGUAGCAACAUAAAAGCAUAGUAAUUCCUGUAGACCUGUCACUGAGAGUAAUCAUUCUCACCAGCCACUUCUUAGACAGUAAAAUAGACUUCUCCCCAAAUAAUAUUUGUUGUUGUUGUUGCAUUUAAAUGGGAGACUGUGGGUUUCUUGCACAGGAAGGGCUUUUUUGAGCUUUCCUUGCUGAAAGUGGAUAUGAGGAUGCCAUUUUUUUAAAGGGCCCUGCAGUUGCAGAAUUGGUUUUGCACCCAACCAAGAAGAGGAUGCCUGCUUUUGAUGGCACUCCAGUGUUCAAAUUUAGGCAUUCGUAAGCUUCAGUACUCAGGGAUCACAUGGCCAUGCACCUACGUAACGCAGCUUUUUCAAAGAAGAACACUUCCGUGGUUAACAUUAUUUUAAAUGGAGAACAUGUACCACUCUUGUCUAAAAACAAUCAAACACUUAACAAUAAUCUUAUUGCCCUGAAAUGUAAGAAGGGAUCUUUUCCCCCCAUGCCCCAAAUAUGGAGCUGUUACUCUGAAUUCUCAAUAACAUGGCCAGAUAGAGGUAUAUGAAUUCUCAUGUCACAAACAAACCUGUUUUUUUUCUCCUACCCUGACAAUGAGACUAGAAACAAGGAGGCUUCUCAAUCUGCUUGAGGGUCUGUGGAGGGUACACUGAAUGCUUCCCCCACCCCAAAAAACAGCUGAUGGAGAAAGAAUGAGUUGAAGAGAACUUAACAGGAAAUAGCUGUACACAUUUAAAAAUUUUGUAAAAAAAAUCUACAUGAUUAUAAACUUCACUUAGUAUUUUCCAGUGAAAUCCGGAAAUUUAUUAUUCAUCUUCCUAGUUACAAGUAGGCUUGACUUCAGUCCCCUUGAAAGGUGGUACUUGGAAACAAAUCAGCAAGGAAGCUACAUAUAUUAAUAUUUCUUCCAUCUCACAGUUUUGCAGUAAAUCUGGCCUUUCUCUGUAGAAGACUACACAGGUGGGAUUUUGCUUACUUUGUAUGGUCAAAAUCCUUCUUAGUAAUGCUUUGCAUGUUUAUGGCUGCUGUGUGGAAACUGUGUGUAGCAGCUCACCACACAGAUAUGGUUUCUUUUUUUAAUCACACCAUUUCAAAUCUUUCAGUUUGAGGGAAAGCAUGGUGAAAAUUGCCUCCUGUCCCCUUGAUGAGCUGUUGCAUUCAGAUUGCUGUUAUGUGAUAAGAGCUGCCUCAUUCAGUGACUUUUUUUAAAGGGGAUAUCAUCAGAUGACUGAAGCAUAAAGCAACUCUUCCCUGAUAACAUCUGCAGCAUUCUGUCAACUGUAUGUCUAUUUCAGCAUUAAUAUCUUCACAACUUGUUGACGUCUGCCCUAAAGUGGCCUGGUUGUGGGUGACAUGCUGGUAUCCCAAAUACUCAUUGAUUCACAAAAGGACAAGCUUGGGUACCUUUUUUAAAACUGGCUUUGAUUGGUCUUUUUGUAAAGGCUUAUAUGACUUACAUAGCAGAUCAUGUUUACAACUUUUUUAACCCAUAUUCAUGCUGAAAGUGUUUGGUAAAUUCUAAAAGGGCAUGUCCCUACGUUCGGCUAUAUGUGUGUGCAGCCUAAGGUUAGUAUUUUCUUCCAAUUGUAUUGUCUUAAUGAGGUGAAUUCCAUUAUUGUUGGCCUUCCUUAGGGUUUGCUGCCAGAACAGAACUUCCAGUUCCCUAUCAGGGAUUUUAUCAUAGGAAAAUAUCUCUACAAGGGACUAGGAAGGGGUCCAUCUUUAUAUCACUGAAUCUUCAUGACAAGAAGGUUGUAAGCACUCAAGCCACACCAUCUGCCCCAUCCCAUAUAUCUAUUUUUAAGCAAUCCUCCUUUACUGUGUGUUAUGCAGUGGUCUUAGUGGCAUACCAGGUACACAUUGCAAAUAAUCUUAACAAGGGCAAAAGGUAGCCCUGCUGUUGGUGUGCUGAUAUUAGAAACAAUGGUUAUUUGCUAACCUUAAAAAGGAAGGACUCCAUUGAAAAAGUGGUACCUUGCAAUGCUGCUGGAGUUCUUUGGCCUUUGUACUUUUCUAAUACCAUUUUUCGUUGUCUAUACAUGUUCCUAUCUGGAAUUGUUUUCUUUUUAAGUCUGCUUUUGCCUCGAACAGUCUUUGUUGUGGUUGCAUGACAAAAUGAGAUGAAAUCAUCUGGGUAGAACUGGGAGGUGGAAGGAGAAAAUCUUUUUUUAUCAAACUGUACUGUAUCUCAUUGAAGCAUCUGGUGUUCUAUUCUUUUUGCUGGUUACAUUAAAGGGCACAACCAUGAAAGGGCAGCAUUUAUUAAGCUGGAACGGAGAACUGAUAUUCCCAUCCCUUUCCUUUUUCUUUCUUUUGCAAUCAGAGGCGACCAUCCCUGUUUCCUCUGUGCAGGAAAGUUCCUCAGUUCAUGGGGCUGCCAACCUCCCAGCAUUUUUGCUGGUUCCAGCCCUAGUAGAAUAACCCAUUGUUCCAAAAUUCCUGAGAUAGAGCUUCUCUUAUUCACAUAGUCCAUUGGAAAUCACAAGAUUAGUAUUUUGCUAUAUGCAGCAGAAUCUCUGCUUUUACCCAACAGCCUUGUCAUAAAUUGAAGUAGAUUCAAUUUCAUAUCAGUUACUAAUAAAAGCACAGCCUAUCGAAGUAUCAACACUUAAUUUGAGUGACUUUUUUGAACUGGGAACCUCAAAAACUUAAUCUGCCUUUGAGAUUCAUCAAUGUAGUGUGUUAGAAUCCAUGUGAAUCUGUCCUUCUAAGCAGUUCCAUCACAGCUAUUUUGAACUGUCUGCAUUUGAUAGUAAAUCCAUAGAUUUGUUAUGGCAGUCUUUCACCUUAUUUAAUAAAGCACAACUUUAAAAGAGAAACUCCCCCAUUUUUUCUUCCGAACAUAGAGAGGGUUAUCAAAACACCUCAGGAAGCUAGACCUGUACCUGUGCGCUCUUUGGUUUCUGUCACUGCAGCUGCCUUAUUGGAGUGAGUUGAGUGUUUGUUUGUUUUUAGGUUUUUUAAAAAAUGUCUCUUGAACCUCUUUUUUUUUUUUUGGCAUUUUUUGCUUCCGGAUAGACAUUUUGGAAACCAUCACUUCCACAUUCCUAAUCCUUUUGGAAACAAAAAUGCUGCCCUGAAAAGACUUCAUGUGUAUAAGUGACUUUCACAGCUGCUGGUUCCUUUCUUGUCUCUUUGGAACUGGUUGCUGUUGGGAUGAAGAUUUGCAACUAGCAAUGCAAUUUUUCUAAAUCUGCCAAUGUUUCAAGUUAUAAAAGUGUGCCCUUGAUUUUUUUUUCUUAAGUUUUUUGUUCUGUGUGUGAUAAACAGAGGUCAUGCGGAACAGAGUAAUUUUGUUAUAUUUGAUUCAGUGGAAUUUCUUUGCUUAAAAAAUAAAGAACUUAUUGAGUUCUGAAGAA